CUGACUUUUCCACAUGGGAGACAACCCCAACCCCAUCCUCCCCCCGCUUGUACAUGCCUGUAAUUAUUUAUUGUGUUAUCUAAUAAAGACUUGUCUAGGGGAAAGUUUGAAUUUACUGACCUAAAUCAAUAUUGUCUGAUCAUUCUGACAGAGUUAUUACAAGGCACUCAAGAAGCAGGAGAAUGCUGGUAUAGUAGAAGCUGCCCAAGUGGAUGAGAUGUUUUAUCAGAUCCCUGAAAUCCUGCUGUGUCAUGAGUUUUUCCUUCAGCAACUGCAGGGCAGAGUGAAUGAAUGGCAUGACAAGCAAAAGAUUGGAGAUAUCUUUGUUUCAUCGUUUACCAAGUGUUUUCUGGUGGAUGCCUACAGCGCAUUCAUAAAUCAUUUUCUGCAAGCCAGAGCUGCUGUAAGGGUAGCCACAGUAACCAGGCCUGCUUUUGUGCGAUACAUGGAGCAAUGUUCCCGAGAUCACAAAGAAAAACUGACCCUUCAAGAUCUGAUGAUCAUGCCAGUGCAAAGAAUACCAAGAUAUGAACUAAUACUGAAAGACAUGAUAAAACACACUCCUCAUGAUCACCCAGAUCAUGGAAGUCUUCAACUAGCUUUGGGAGAGAUAAAGACGCUAGCCGAUAGAAUGAACCGAGGAGAGAAGGAGGUCGAUCAAGCAGAGAGGGAGGCUGAGAGACUGCGUGAUCUUGAAGCAACGAUUGAAGGGAUGACAAAUCUGGUGACAUCCACACGGCGGUUAAUCCGCCAAGACCUGGUUGCUGAAGUGAAAGGAACAAUAACCAAGAAGGACCGAUGCCUAUUCUUGUUUAAUGAUAUGCUGGUUUGUGCAACUGUCAAGCGAAAGGCUAAUGCUCUCAGACGAGGUUCACUAAGCAUAUUUUCUGGCUCUGGCACUGAAUUCAACAAGUACAAACUACUCUGGAGACUACACCUUGAUAGUGUGGAAGUGUACAAAUGUGGCUCACUGCUGGGUUGUGGCAAUUGGCUCCAUGGGAGAAGUUUUAUGAUUCUGUUUGGGGCUUGGCGGGCUGCAAGUGGAGGCCCCUGGAUAUACCAGAAACUAAGACCACCUCCAAUUACGAGAAGCAGGAGUUGGAUGAUGUUAAGAGAGUCUACAAGUAAACCCUGA